AUGAAGUUCCUCGCCGCCACCAUCGCGACCUUGGCCUCCGUCGCCGUUGCGAGCCCCGUGCCCUAUCAGUCCGGCGACAGCGGUGACUACAACUCCAACAACUGCGCCGAUGGCUCGUACGACUGCGCCCAGAACAUGAUGCCGAGACAAAACUUCCAGGGCGCCAUGCCUGGUCAAGACUUCCAGAACGUCAUGCCUGGUCAAGACUUCCAGAACGUCGUGCCCGGUCAAGACUUCCAGAACGUCAUCCCCGGUCAAGACUUCCAGAACGUCAUCCCCGGUCAAGACUUCCAGAACGUCAUCCCCGGUCAAGACUUCCAAAAUGUCAUGCCCGGUCAAGACUUCCAGAACGUCAUGCCUGGCCAAGACUUCCAGGGUGGCUUCCAGGCCGGUCAAGGAUUCCAGCCCGGUUUCCAGGGCGGCUUCAUGCCCCCCCAAAACAUGCAGAAUGGACAGUAUUACCCAAACUACCAGAACGGACAGUACUACCCUAACGGACAGAACUGGCAGAACGGUCAAAACUGGCAAAACGGCCAGAACUGGCAGAACUGGCAGAACGGCCCCUUCAUCCAGGGCGGCAUGUGCCGUCCUGCGACGUACCAGUGCUCGCAAAACUUCAACAACGGACUGCCUGGCUGGAGCGUUUGCAACACGAGCGGCCAGUGGGUGCACGGUGGUGACUGCGCUCCAGGCCAAACUUGCCAGUUCAACUUUGCCAACGGCAGCCCGUACUGCAUUUAA